CCUGCGCUGCCCUCUGCCACGUGUCUCUCUCUGCUCGUCGUCUUGGAUAUCCUGCAGUCCAGAGGUGAAGGUUAUGGAUCCUAUGGAGUGUCCUCUGUGCUUGGAGCCGCUGGAGACGGACGAUGCCAACUUCUUCCCCUGCACCUGCGGCUACCAGAUCUGUCGCUUCUGUUGGCACCGCAUCCGCACAGACGAGAACGGCCUCUGCCCUGCCUGCAGAAAGCCUUACCCAGAGAACCCAGCGGUCUACAACCCCCUGUCAGCGGAGGAGCUGCAGAGGAUAAAGAAUGAGAAGAAGGCCAAACAGGUGGAGAAGAAACAGAAGACGACAGAAAACAGGAAGCACCUGGCCAGCGUCAGGGUGGUGCAGAGAAACCUGGUGUUUCUAGUGGGACUGUCACAGAGACUGGCCGACCCCGAGAUUCUAAAGAGACCCGAGUAUUUUGUGAAGUUUGGGAAGGUCCAUAAGGUAGUCAUCAACAACAGCACCUCAUACGCCGGCUCACAGGGCCCCAGUGCCAGUGCCUAUGUCACUUACAUCCGCUCAGAAGGCCUCAGAGCAAUACAGUGUGUCAACAACCUAGUAGUAGACGGCAGAACACUGAAGGCUUCUUUAGGGACGACGAAAUACUGCAGCUACUUUCUGAAGAGCAUGGGGUGUCCCAAACCUGACUGUAUGUAUCUACACGAGCUGGGGGACGAUGCGGCCAGCUUCACUAAAGAGGAGAUGCAGGCAGGGAAGCAUCAAGAGUAUGAACAGAGGCUGUUACAGGAUCUGUACCAGAACCCCAGCUUUACCACCCAGACCUCAGGAGGGGAGACGACCAAGAGCUCUAAACCCAGCUGUUUGCAGAGAUCCAACAGUAACAACAGUCACGGACAAGACGUGUGGCCAGCGUUACAACCCACGGGGAAGACGACCAACGGUCUAUCGGAGCACAGUAAGAGCCCGCCGUCAAACGGCGGCGGCUUGGACACUGACCGCAUGACACCGGACGGACCAGAACGUGACGUUGGCCUGGGCUCUGUGACUGGCCUCUCGCCCUUCUCCUCAAGCCGUGACCCCCCAAG